GCUGACUAAUAAUACAAUAAAAUGACAAAGCAUGGAUUUAAUAUGUCAAAUAAACAUACUUUAUGAAACGAAAACUGCGAAAUUAAACUAGUUAUAAUUAAACUAUAAAAUGUAAUAUACAAAUACCUUCUCAUAUUCAAAACACAGUUUUACAAGUUUUGUUUAAUCAUGCAGUUCUAUAUAUCAUAUGAUUCAUUAUACAAAAGAAAAAGGCCAUACGCAGAAGACCAAUGACGUAAUUAACAUGAAAUCCUCUAAAAAAGAAAAGCCUCAAAAGUUACAAAGGGACAAUGGGAGCCAAGGUUUUAAAUGUUUUUUAUAACGAAAAUAAACAUCUCUAUAUUAAACGCCUUCAAAAACUUAUCAGCACAACCAAUUAGACGAUCAAUCACAUUUUUCAUAACCGAUAAUCAUAUAAAACUAUUAACAUACCUCAAUUCAAUAUGGGCCGCAUUGGAUUUUCUUUAGUUGAACAUCAAGUUUGUAUUGGAUCUGAUGUGCCCGGGACGUUCCAACCCGCAUAUGAACGGAAGAAAAUUUAUACUCUUCUCUACUUUUGUUCCAAAAUAAGUUAACUCACGAGGCUAACUUUUUUUUUCCUUAAUCACGGGUUAUCUGGAUCAAAGUUAAGUAAUGUCCUAAGGAAGAUAUUACUGACGACUAAUCUGACCUCUAAUUUUCUAAUGAAACAUAAUACAUGACUUCAUUUUCAUCGGGCUAUCUAACUUAGUUAUAAGUCUCAGGCUAUGAAUUAAUGAUUAACCAAAGGUUGAGAAAAACAAAACUAUAAAGAUGAUAGAAUUGCAACUGAUUUCAUUAUCAUGUAGAACCAAUGUCUUGCUGACAAAAUUUAACAAAACAAAUUGUAACAGAAAGUGAAAUAAUAAAAAUGGCAGCAGUAUAUUUUUUUUUUUUUGGACAACGGCAGCAGUAUAAUAUGAUAUGAAACUAUGCUUCAGGAACAAUUGAAUGCAAAUGAAGAGCCGGAUGUUGCUCAUGCAUGGGGUACCCAAACGGCUUCAUGGUUCAUAUUGUUAACACUUGUCACGCAUUAGUUACUCUACCGACUCAUACUCUACUGACUCACAGACUUGCUAUUAAACUCCAAUUCUUACCGUUUGUUGAUAAAACAGAACCCAAAAAAUAAUUCAAAUACUAAAAGAAAAUCAAAAAACAGAACCAAGAAACAUACCAGAAAAGAGUUGUUUCAUCAAACAAACAAACUGAUCACAUAUCAGAAACAUAUUAAAAAAAGCAAGACACUAAAGAAAAUAUAUAAAGAAGAUUGAAACAUCAUCGAAAAAGAAUAGAAAAAUCUUUAAAAGACAGGACUUCUUCAAGAUACAUAGCAACAUGACGGACGCCCACACUGCCCGGACGAUCGUUGGAAUAAUCGGAAACGUGAUCUCUUUCGGCUUGUUCUGCUCUCCAAUACCAACGAUGAUAAAGAUAUGGAAGAUGAAGUCAGUAUCGGAGUUUAAGCCAGAUCCGUACCUAGCCACGGUUUUAAACUGCAUGAUGUGGAGUUUUUAUGGACUUCCUUUUGUCCAUCCCGAUAGUCUCCUCGUCGUUACCAUUAAUGGAACUGGUCUUUUCAUGGAACUCGUUUAUGUCACUAUCUUCUUCAUCUUCGCUACCUCAGCUAUCCGCAGAAAGAUCACAAUAGCUAUGGUGGUUGAGAUGAUAUUCAUGGCAGUGGUGAUCUUCUGCACAUUGUACUUUUUGCAUACAACAAAACAAAGAUCUAUGCUUAUUGGGAUCAUGUGCAUUGUUUUCAAUGUUAUCAUGUAUGCUUCUCCUCUAACCGUGAUGAGACUUGUGAUAAAGACAAAGAGCGUGAAGUACAUGCCGUUCUUCCUGUCACUAGCCAGCUUCAUGAACGGAGUCGUUUGGGUCAUUUAUGCAUGUCUUAAGUUCGACCCAUAUAUUUUGAUACCAAAUGGCCUUGGAUCCCUAUCCGGAUUAGUACAACUUAUAUUAUACGCAACUUACUAUAAAACAACGAACUGGAACGAUGAAGAUGGAGAUAAAGAAAAGCGGUUUACUAAUGCUGAAAUCCAGCUUGACCGAGCUUGACACUUGCAGCUAUGGAUGGUAGUGUCCAGCUUCAUCGUUAGGUUAAGAAUUAGAAUCAGAAGAGAUGCUAAUGAAGAUACAAAAAUGAAGAACGAGGAAGCCCCGAAGUUGUAAGCUUUUCUUGAGUAGGAAGAAAGAAAAGGAUGUCACUUUUUUUUUUUGUUGGUUGGAAACUGAAAUGAUUAUAAUUUUGGCAAGUUGAAUCUACGUAAUUUGUUACAGUUAUAGUAGUUUUAUUAGAUUAUUUUGUACU